ACAUCACUUCCAAGAAUAGCUAAAGCUAGCUAAGAUAUCACCUCUUCAUUAGCUUCUCUUUGUAAUUCUCAUGGAUUCCUCAUCAUUGUCUUCCAUUGAAUCUCUUGUCAAUGAGAUCAAGAAAGAGUUACUGAUCUCAAACCAAGAUUUUAACAACACUUUUCUUACCCAAACAUCUGCCUAUGACACUGCUUGGUUGGCCAUGAUUCCUUAUAAUAAUCAAGAAGCCAAUGGUCCUAUGUUUGAGAGUUGUCUAAAUUGGAUUCUCAACAACCAAAAUGAGCAAGGGUUUUGGGGUGAACCCAAUGGUGAAAAUCUUCCCACCAUUUAUGCUCUCCCUACUACUCUUGCUUGCAUGAUAGCACUCAAGAAAUGGAAUGUGGGUGAAAGCCACGUAAGGAGAGGUAAAAUUAAACUUCUCUUUGCAAUUCUCAUGGAUUCGUCAUCAUUGUCUUCCAUUGAAUCUCUUGUCAAUGAGAUCAAGAAAGAGUUAUUGAUCUCAAACCAAGAUUUUAACAACACUUUUGUUACCCAAACAUCUGCCCAUGACACUGCUUGGUUGGCCAUGAUUCCUUUUAAUAAUCAAGAAGCCAAUGGUUCUAUGGUUGAGAGUUGUCUAAAUUGGAUUAUCAACAACCAAAAUGAGCAAGCGUUUUGGGGUGAACCCAAUGGUGAAAAUCUUCCCACCAUUUAUGCUCACCCUACUACUCUUUCUUGCAUGGUAGCACUCAAGAAAUGGAAUGUGGGUGAAAGCCACAUAAGAAAAGUGCCUUCAAGAUCUCCAGUAGAUAAAGAGCUAGAAAUGCUUUGCAUGGUUGAUAACAUACAAAGAAUGGGAGUAGCUCAGCACUUUGAGAAAGAGAUUCAACAAAUUCUUGACCAAGUUUACAAGAAUUAUCAAAUGAACUUGCAAACUAAUGAGUACUUAUCAUCAGAAACAAGUGAUUUACCUGAGAGAUUAUUCAAGGACUCAUUGGCUUUUAGGCUUCUCAGAUUGCAAGGCUACAAAAUAAAUCAAGGGAGUUUUUGUUGGUUUCUUAAUCAACCACACACAAGGGCCUACAUAGAAAAGAACCAAGAACAGUUUGCAUAUGCGAUGUACAAUGUGUACAGAGCCACAGAUCUAAUGUUCAAUGGAGAAUCUGAAAUGGAAGAAGCAAGAUCUUUCUCCAGAAAUUUUCUUGUAAACAAUGACAAUUUAUCAGUGCUUCCAGCACUUCAAAAAUUGAUUGAACAUGAGUUGAAUGUUCCAUGGUUUGCUCGACUGGAACACCUUGACCACAGAUUGUGGAUUGAAUUAAAUCAAUCUCUCCGUCACACAAUUGGAAAAUCCCCAUAUUAUUGGUUGUCUUAUCUGCAAAAUGACAAGUUAAUGCAGCUAGCCGUGCAAAACUAUGAAUAUCGGCAGUCAAUUUACAGGAAGGAAUUGGAAGACCUGAAGAGCUGGUCGAAAGAGAAGGGCCUUGUAGACAUUGGAUUUGGGAGAGAAAAAACUACAUAUUCUUAUUUUGCAAGUGCAGCAAGCAGCAGUAGUUUUCUACCUUAUGAAUCUUUUCUUCGAUUGGUUGUUGCAAAAUGUUCCAUAAUUAUUACUGUAGCUGAUGACUUUUAUGAUGAAGAAGCCUCUUUAAGUGAACUCCAAAUAUUAACUGAGGCAAUACAAAGGUGGGAUGCAAAGACCCUAGAUGGGCCAAGUAAGAUCAUAUUUGAAGCACUUGAUGAUCUUGUGUGUGAUGUUGCCGAAAUGUACCACCUCCAACACAAAAUUGACAUCAACCCACAACUUCGACACAUGUGGAAGGAGACAUUUCAUUCAUGGAUGAUGGAAAGUUCGUGGAGUCGAACUUCAAAUUUGCCAUCUAUGGAUGCAUAUCUAAAAGUUGGGAUGAUAUCAAUUGGUGCACAUAUUUUGGUUCUUCAUGCAACUUCCCUUGGAUGUCCAACAGUGCCAAGUGAAAACCUUGGGCCAAUUAAUGGACACUAUGAAAAUAUUACAAAGUUGCUCAUGGCCACCACCCGAUUGUUGAAUGACAUCCAAAGCUAUCAAAAAGAAAGAGAAGUAGGGAAGAUGAACUACACAUUGCUUCACUUGAAUGAAAAUCCAGAGGGACACAUUGAAGACUCAAUUACUUUUGUGAAAGAUAUCUUGGGAGACAAGAAGAAAGAGUUUCUUGAAAAUGUCCUAAUGGAUGGGUUCAAUGACAUGCCAAGGACAAUGAAGCUUCUUCACCUUUCUUGCCUAAAUGUGUUCCACAUGUUCUUCAACUCUAGCAAUUUAUUUGAUACACAAGCAGCAAUACUUGAAGACAUAAUGAAAGCCAUUUACAUUCCUCUUCAACAAGAAGAACAAACUCCAAUUCCACCACCUUUAAAGCCUUUGCCACCAAUGUUACCAUCUCAAGAAAAGAAGAUCAAGAAGCAGAUUGAGAUUGCCAAAGUCAAUGCAUGUCUCAAUGGAAAAAACUUCAAACACCAAGUUGGCAUUGGUAUAAGUUUUGUUGGAAGGCAAGCUCCUAAGAAUUAUAAUUCUUUUGGUUGGUCUAGAAAAGGGUUUGCUUCACAAAAGUUAAGAUCGUGCUUCCUGUGAUCGUCUGAAACGUCUUUGAAACU